CAUGGCGCUGCUCUUCGCCGCCCUCCGCGUGGUCUUGGGCCUCUUCUUCGUGGUCAGCGGGGCCGUCAAGCUGACCGAGCAGAUCUCCGGCGAAGUUUACCGGCAGAUGAAAUCCCAGUUUGUGCAGUUUGCUGAUGUUUUCCCCUUGAAAGAGUUUGGCUACAAGCCAGAGCCGGGUCGGUACCUUGAAGUGGUGGGCUGGACAGAAGUAGUGGCUGGCUUACUCUUAGCCUUCGGGCCGCAGCUGCUGCAAGAGCUUAGCAAUUUCGUCCUCACUAUCAUCAUGAUAGGUGCCAUCUACACCCUCUUGGUUUUGAAAGAACCCAUCGCCAUGUGCGCCCCUGCCACUCUUUGCCUGGGCCUCCUGCUUCUCCUGAACAUCCGGGGAAGGGGGAAAAGUGCCAAGUCCAAGUUUGAGUGAGGGGAAGUCGGCCAGGAGGA